AUGUUACUUCGCGUGCUUAUGAAUUUUUUCGAUGGCCAAGGCUACGUUCAGUAUUUAUCGCAAGUAGCACCAACUGUAUCCCAAUAUAGUAGCAAUCAUACAUUAAGGAUAUCAUUAACGACAUCUUCCACCGAUGGUCUUGUACUGCAUACUGUUGGUCGUGAUCGAUCCAGUGUUACAUUGCAAUUAUGGAAAGGAUUUCUACGUUAUGGAUUUACAACACCGGACGGUAGAACCAAUUGGAUCCAUAAUUCGGGAAAUAUCAGUGAUAAUAACUUGCAUUCUAUCACUAUCAGGAAAGCAGGGUACACUGGCUAUUUAUCUGUGGAUACAACAACAAGUGCUAGUGUUAAUUUUACUAUGGGACACCGUGGCUCACCUUUCGAUAAUAUCAUCUACGCUGGUGGUCUUCCGUCGGAUUUGGCAAGCGCCCAACGUCCAUUUUUAAUCGGUUGCAUUGGCAAAAUUGUAGUGGACCAACAAACGUUGCCAGCAAAUAAUGCUGCUAUGAAAUUUUGGUCUAGAAUAAAUUUCGGCAAUGUUACCACUAGUUGUACGGCAUUAACAAUCUAUACACCUUAUACUUUCUUGGAUACAUCAUCGCACAUGACAUUUAAUUCACUAUCGCCAUCAUUUACCCUAUCCUUUUCAUUUCGUACUGUCCAUUACGGGUUUGGCAUUGAGUUAAUCUCCUUAGCACGAUUACCAACGCAACUGAAUCCAUUUUAUGUUAGUAUUGAAUUUGGUAAAUUAAGUGUUAAAUUUAUUGGAACACAAGAUAUUUUCCUUUUUGAAACCAGUGUUACCGACGGUGUUUGGCAUCAAUUUACAUUGAAUGUUGUUAAUGAUCGCUUUACAGCAACUUUAGACGGUAAAAGUAAAGCAUUAAUAUUUUUACGUGGCAGUGAUCAAAUUGCAAGGCCAACCAUCAUUAUUGGUCGUUCAUCAGGGACAGGUUUUAAAGGAUGUAUACGUGAUAUCAAGAUUAAUCAAGUUCGUGUCAAUAUUGAUGACGGCAAUGUUACUAAAAAUUCAGUGAUUAAAAAUGGCUGCACUGUGUCCAAUUUGUGCUAUCCGGUCUCACCUUGUUUUAAUAAUGGCAUCUGUAGUAUGGUAGAUAAUACAUUUCGAUGUGAUUGUGAUAUAUCGAGGCCAUACCAAGGACAAUAUUGCCAUCUAUAUCGAUAUAAAAAAUCAUGCCACGAUCACUUUCAAAGUGAUACUAGAAAUUUGAGCAAUAAUUAUAUGAUUGAUCCAGAUGGUCCAUAUGGUUCUAAUUUGCCAUUUACAGUCUACUGUGAUGGUAGAUCACCUAGCGAUACUGUAGCUACGCAUAAUAAUACUUUACAGAGGAAUUUACGUCCUAUUGCGGCUAAUGUUGGGCCCGGUAAAGCAGUCACUCCAUUAGGCUAUCUUGCUACAACGAAUAACAUCAAUCAACGGGGAAAUACAAUUUCAAUUCAACAAUUAUCUGCUUUGGCUAAAGUAUCAGAUCGUUGUCGUCAAGAUCUUAGCUUUACUUGUAGACAAGCACUAUUACUUAAUUCACCUGGACAACCUUAUAUCUGGUGGAUAUCACAAGAUGGUCGAAGAAUGAAAAAUUGGGCUGGAGCUCCAUCAAAUUCGUCUAAAUGUGCAUGUGGCGUCGUAAAUAAUUGCUAUAACAAAAAUAAAUCAUGCAAUUGUGAUUCAUUUGCUAACCGUGUUCUAGAAGAUAGAGGAACAUUAAACGACAAAAGAUAUUUACCUAUAAAAGAAUUACACCUUGGCUUGUCACAAAUAACCAAUUCAACUUUUGCCUCCUACGAUAUUGGCAAUUUUAUCUGUAGUGGACCAGCUCAGCCGAGUAAUAUCAUUACUCUAUCGUCCACUACUCAUGGCCUACUGAUCAAUGACUGGGGAAAAUAUUUUAAAACAUCGAUUCAAUUUUAUUUUAAAACUCAAGUAUCUGCUGGUACGCUGUUAAGUUAUAAAGGAUUAUCCUUUGAUUACUUUACAAUUAAAAUGUCUGCAGACCAGUUUGAAUUGAGGUAUAACUAUGGCCAUACUGUUAGCGAUAGUAAAAUUGUUGUUCGCCGGCCAUCACAAGGUCAACUUUUUAAUAAUAAUCAGUGGCAUAUGGUUAAAAUUCAGUUUUUCCCUGGAAUUGCGUCUCUUCAAAUCGAUCGCUUGCCCAUCCGAAACCAUAUUAAUCUUCAUGGUAUACAAAAUCAUCGAUUUACGAACAUCAAUGGCCCACUUAUUAUUGGUUCUAACUUAAUUGGCCAAACAGGAUUUGCUGGUUGCAUUGGCGAUUUAAUCAUCGAUUAUAAAUUGCUCGAUUUACCUAAUUUGGCUGCAAGACCUGGUCAAAAAGGUCUCCGAUCUGGAUGUGCUGAUGCCUGUUAUAAUAAGCCAUGCAAGCAUAAUAAUCCAUGUAGUGGUGAUUUGUUUUCAUUUACAUGCAAUUGCUCUCAAUCAAGUUAUACAGGAUCAACAUGUAGUUAUGUUAAGGGUGCCAGCAUUGCAGGAGAUGGCUAUAUUCAAUAUACAUCACCUAAUGUCAAUUUUGUCUCUGGCCAACAACAUCAUAACAUCCUCUUUUCAUUUGUCACUACAGAAAGUGAUAUUGCUCUCAUGACUAUCAAUGCCAGUAAUAUUUAUUUAGGCUUUAGUUUACGCAAUGGUCGUAUAAUGUAUAGCAUUAAUAGCGCUAUCGUUCAACUGCCAUUAACUGUUAAUGAUGGAGUUAAACAUAAUGUGACGAUAGUACCGUCGAAUGGAUCGCUAGCUGUUGAUGGAGUGGUUUUAUAUACUAGCGAAGUGAAUACCAUUUCUAGCUUACAAAAUGGCGUGAUCAGAUUAGGCAACAUCAAUAACUCUCCUACGUCAUCUUUCUGUGUGGAUAACGUAUCUUUUGCCUCUGUUCGUAUUCUCGAUAUCGCAUUCAAUAUUGGUAGACCAUCGAACAUCAUCAUUCAUACUAAUAGAAGAAAUCCAAGCAGUAGAGUGUAUGAAAAUGUUUGCUUCGAUAAAUUAACUCGACCUCCACCAAGUUAUUGGUCUUCCUUUCCUAGUACUAGACCUACAGCAACUUCUGGCUCCAUUUCCCCACCAGUAGCUCAGACUGUUGAUCCUGGCGUUAUUGUUGCUAUCGUCAUUGUGGUUGUUCUCAUUUUAGGAGCUAUUGGUACCUUUCUUAUAUUUAAAUAUCGAUCGCAUAAUUCUGGAGAACACAAUAUAACCGAUGUGGAUUCAACUAAAUUCAGCAUGGAAUAUAUUGAUAUUACCUAUAGAAAUAGCGAUAGAAAUGGCGAUACAAACGGUUAUCAUCUCGCCGAUCAUAAAGAUAAAGUAUCUAGCAAUGGCUCAUCUUCAGCGAAAAAAAAAGAAAUUCAUCUCUAA